AUGGAACUCGACCCGAAGCUUGCGCCGUACUCGACGGGCGACCCGGCAUCGUUCGCCUACCUAACUGCCCGCGAGCGAUGGCCCAUCAUCAUCACGCAAGCGAUCGAUGAUGUCUACCGGACUGUUGGUGCCAGUGACGACGCCGACAAAGUCGCCGAGGGCAAGAUAAUUCUCGCCGAGCUCUCCCAGCUCAAGUACGAGGUGCAGCACGACCGGGCAUUGACGCCGAUCCGCGACGAUGGGUACCCCGACGUAGCCGGUUACAACAAGGAGCUGGAGCAGCUGGGUAACCUCACCUGGCUGAAAUCACCCUGGCUCUUCACCGAGUGCUAUCUCUUCCGCCGCAUGUCAACGUCUUUCACCCUCUCCAACCACUGGAAGUCCUACGACGUCUUUGCCCGCCAAAAGAUCAAGACCUUCCGCUCCUCACGCCCGGCCGUGCUGGAGCUCACAACGCGAUACAAAGACCUCGUCACCCAACUCCGUUCCUCCGCCUCCUCCCCGCACGACCCCGAGGCCGACAAGCUCCUCUUCACCGAGAUGUGCGAGGUCUGCCUCUGGGGCAACGCAACCGACCUCUCGCUGCUCACCAGCCUGACAUACGACGACAUCCAGAAACUUCAGGGUUCCAAAGCCCGCCAGGCGGCCGAGCAAAACAUCCUGGUCAACGACCUCCCGCAGCUCUACGCCCACUUGACGGCCGCCAAGAACGACCCCUCGAAAAAGAACAAGGACCGCCGCGUCGACAUCGUCCUAGACAACGCCGGUUUCGAGCUCUUCGUCGACCUCGUCCUGGCGGGCUACCUCCUGUCCUCGGGCCUGGCGACGACGGUGGUGCUGCACCCCAAGUCGAUCCCCUGGUUCGUUUCGGACGUGCUGCCGAGCGAUUUCGCCGCGCUCCUUAACGCGCUGGCGAAUCCGAGGCAGUUCUAUGAGACGCCCACAGAGGAGGAUGAGUUGCAGGGCAGGGUGCCGGAGAAGUUGACGGACAAGGAGGUGGAGGAGCUGGCGUUUUUGUUUGGCGAGUGGAGCCAGUUCCAUGCUGAGGGCCAGUUGGUGCUGAGGCCGAACCGGUUCUGGACGGGGCCGGGGAGUUUCUGGAGGUUGCCAGCGGAGGAGAACGAGUUGGUGGAGGACUUGAGGGAAGGGGAGUUGGUUGUGUUCAAAGGGGAUUUGAAUUAUCGCAAGUUGGUGGGGGAUGUCGCCUGGGAUCCGACGACGCCCUUCACCGAGGCUAUUGGGCCGCUUGGGCCGGGCUCUGGGCUCAACAUUCUGGCGCUGAGAACGUGCAAGGCCGAUGUUGUCGUGGGGUUGAAGCCCGGGGAGGAUGAGAGGUUGAGGCAGAUGGAAGGCGGGGGCGGCGAUUCAGGGGCACGCAAAUGGGCUUGGAACGGCAAGUGGGCGGUCGUUUCGUUCUCUAAGGGGAGGUGA